AAACAGUUUUCUGCGCGCAACGCCAAAGCAAAGUUCGUGGCAGCGCAUAACUAACAGCAGCAACUCAGCGCAGACAACAAAUUAUAUAGAGAACAAGAAUAAUAAGGGACAAAAUAUUAACUCAACGACGUGGAGCUAAUUGCCCAAGCAGUUACGCAGAGCAUAAGUUUCAAGUGCUGCCGGCUCUUGAACGAUUUGUCAAUAACAAAGAACGUGCGAAUUUUAAUUGUGUGUUUAGUGAAGCGCGGUCUUUAUUUUUGCUAUUCACCUCCCGAAAACUCCCGCUUCUGCCUAAGCCAGUCAAAAUCGUGUGCACGAAUUUGUGGCGCCAGCGUUGCCCCAUCGUCGCAGUUAUUAACUGAGCCACAAAUAGAAUCCAAAGGAAAAAAGCCGAAAAAAAACUAGGAGCACGAGCAACGACUGCGAGGCGAAACGCGUGAAAUGUUUAUUGUGGCAGCUGCAUGGAGCUUUGCUGCUUCAUGGCGACUGCUAUGCAUCGGGAUGCUGGCACUGGCACUGCCGUUGGCUAUCGCCGAAUCGGAGUCUGCUGCCCGUGGCCACGGCGGUCAACCCAAUCAUGCCGUCUUCACCAGCUCAUUUCUGGUGCGCUUCCGUCGGGGCGUUGACAAUGAUUUUGCCCACAAGUUGGCCGACAAGUAUGGCUUCGAGAAUCUGGGACCGCUGGUCGGCGCUGAUGGACACGAGUAUCACUUCAAACACAAGACAUUGCCGCACGCUCGCUCGCGGCGCAGCCUGAUGCACACGCGUGUCCUCAAGAGUCAUCCCUCGGUGCUCACGGCUGUUCAACAGCCGGGCUUUAGACGCGAGAAGCGUGGUCUGCGACCGGCAAUACCUGCGAUUCAUGGACUGCACUACGCAGCUACGCUGGGCGAACCGAAUACCGUUGAUGUGGAGCCGACGGAUCCGUACUUUCCCCUGCAAUGGUAUCUGAAAAACACCGGACAGAACGGCGGCAAAGUGCGAUUGGAUCUGAAUGUACAGGCUGCCUGGGCUCAGGGCAUUACGGGCAAGAACGUGACCACGGCCAUCAUGGAUGACGGCGUGGACUACAUGCAUCCGGAUCUGAAAUUCAAUUAUAACGCCGAGGCGAGCUACGACUUUAGCAGCAAUGAUGCAUUCCCCUAUCCGCGGUAUACCGACGACUGGUUUAACAGCCAUGGCACUCGGUGUGCUGGCGAAGUGGCUGCUGCCAGAGAUAAUGGAAUUUGCGGCGUGGGUGUUGCUUAUGACAGCAAAAUCGCAGGCAUACGCAUGCUGGACCAGCCCUAUAUGACGGACCUAAUCGAAGCCAACUCAAUGGGACACGAGCCGCACAAAAUCCACAUAUACAGUGCCUCCUGGGGUCCCACAGAUGAUGGCAAGACGGUGGAUGGGCCGCGCAAUGCCACCAUGCGCGCCAUUGUCCAGGGUGUGAAUGAGGGCCGAAAUGGCUUGGGCAACAUCUAUGUCUGGGCGUCUGGCGAUGGCGGCGAGGAGGAUGACUGCAACUGCGAUGGCUAUGCCGCCUCCAUGUGGACAAUUUCCAUUAACAGCGCCAUCAACGAUGGCCAGAAUGCGCACUACGACGAAAGCUGCAGCUCGACGCUGGCAUCGACGUUCAGCAACGGUGCCAAGGAUCCAAACACUGGGGUCGCCACCACCGACCUAUACGGCAAGUGCACCACGACCCACUCGGGCACCAGCGCCGCGGCACCUGAGGCAGCUGGCGUCUUUGCAUUGGCUUUGGAAGCGAACCCUCAGCUCACUUGGCGCGACAUACAGCAUCUGACUGUGCUGACAUCGAAACGCAAUUCCCUUUUCGAUGCCAAGAACCGAUUCUACUGGACAAUGAACGGCGUCGGGCUGGAGUUCAAUCACCUCUUCGGGUUCGGUGUGCUCGAUGCGGGCGCCAUGGUGACCCUGGCAAAGCAGUGGCACUCGGUGCCAGCACGCUAUCACUGCGAGGCGGGCGAGAUUAACAAGCCACAGCCAAUCAUAAUGGGUCGCUCGCUGUUUUGGGAAAUCAAAACCGAUGCGUGCAAGGGCACCGAUACGGAAGUGAACUACUUGGAGCACGUGCAGGCAGUCAUCACGGCGAAUGCGUCGCGACGCGGCGACCUGGAGCUCUUCCUCACCUCCCCCAUGGGCACCAAAUCCAUGAUUCUGUCGCGACGCGCCAACGAUGAUGAUCAUCGCGAUGGCUUCACCAAAUGGCCCUUCAUGACCACCCACUCCUGGGGCGAGUAUCCACAGGGCGUAUGGAAACUGGAAGCACGCUUCAAUUCAGCUCAGACGCGACUUGGCCAUCUGGUGGAGUGGUCGCUGGUGUUGCACGGCACGAAGGAGGCCCCUUACCGCACCCUGAAGCCGUCCUCGCCGCACUCGAAGCUGGCCAUCGUUAAGAAGGCGCACGAAGACAAAAAGAUGAAGUAAGCGCUGUACGUGACAUCCGCGACGUCGUCCAUUAGUCAACCUGGCUUUUAUCAUUCAGUUUAGUAUGAAGUGCAAGAAUGUGUAGGCUGUGUUUCUUUUUAUUUAAACGAGAUUGAUUGAACACAAUGUUUGAUUUGAUAGAACUGUAAAUUCGAGUCUCUACAACUUUUAAUUGAAAUAUCAACUGAGCUAAAAGUUCAGUUUGGUUGCAAUUUUAUGAAAUUCUGUUUGAUGCCCUGAGACGUUCUCCUUUGAGUUUCCAGUAAUUUGAAUUGUAAUGGAGUUGUUCAAGCGCACAUAUUUUUUUUAGUCAACUGCAAAGUUCACUUAAA